ACUUUCCUUUCAUUCUCAAUCCUCAUUCGAUUAUUACAAGCCUAAGAAGGCAUGCCAUCGUGCCUCAGCGGUAGUCUGUGAGCGUGCUUCAAUAUGUUUUAAAUCUUCCGCAUCGCGCUUCUGUGGUAUUUUUUUUUUCUGUGAGCAAUGAGGAAAUUGUGAAUUCUGUGAUUUUGUAGCUAGGUGUAUGUGAACUAUGUUGGUGGUUGUACGUAGAACUACGGAUAGGUCAAGUGUUAGUGAUUGGUUGAGAACAGUGAUAUUUUUGGCGGUUUCUCUCUGGAUUAACAACGUCAAUUCUUCAGUUAAUUGUCCACAUCCAGCAGUUCCAGUCAACGCCGAAUUGACACUAAGUAGGACCGAUUUGACUGCCGGUACUAUAGCUUCUUAUAAGUGUAGGGAAGGUUUCGAAUUGUUUGGGAAUAGUGACGUGAUAUGUCAAGAAUCGGGGAAAUGGAAAGGAGAAUUGCCCUUUUGCGGCACCAACGUAGCUUACAGAAAACCUACCAACCAAUCCACAACUGUGAGAAGUGGAAAUCCAGAGAAUGCCAACAGUGGCCAGGAAGCUGAGUCAAAUAACGCGAAAUGCUCAGAAACCCAAAAAGAAGCAAGUCCAUGGUGGAACGUCGACUUGCUGAAACCCUAUCCGGUAAAGGUGGUGCGGAUCACCACCAGAGGAUGCUGCGGACAUCAGCCUCUUCAAGACAUCGAAAUAAGGGUUGGAAACAGCAGCAGUCAGUUGCAGAGAAACCCUUUGUGUGCUUGGUUUCCAGGAACCUUAGAUGAAGGCAUCACUAAAUCAUUCACUUGUGCCAGGAAUAUUAUUGGGCAAUACGUCUUUCUACAACUGGUUGGAGUUGACGGAUCCCUCUCACUUUGCGAUGUUGAAGUUUUUACGUCAGAUGAGCUUUCAAUCGACGAUUGCUCACCACCAGGAGCACCUGCAGAUUUGAAAUUGACUUCCUUCAACAGGACAUGUUACGAAUUUGGCAUAUCGCAAGGGAGGUCCUUCAAAGAUGCUCGAGCGUACUGUCAAAAGUUCAAAGGUGAUUUAGUACACAGUAUGGGGCGCAGUACUACCUCAUUUCUCUAUUCGGAACUGGAGAGGAGAAGGAACUCUUUUAAAACACAAUUGGUUUGGAUUGGGGCCCAGAAAGAACCCAACAAAGCCUCCAAGAUUUAUAAGUGGACGAAUGGGGAAACCAUUUUGAGUCCUGCCUGGGGAAGUGACCAGCCAAACAAUUAUAAUGGCGAACAGAACUGUGUGGUUUUAGAUGGAGGCAGAAAGUGGCUCUGGAAUGAUGUUGGAUGUAACUUGGACUACUUGCAUUGGAUUUGUCAAUACGAACCAUCCAGCUGUGGAGGUCCAGACAAAAAGGAAAACACAACAAUCGUUGGCACUGACUAUAGAAUAGGAUCUAUAGUCCAAUAUAGAUGUCCUGAGGGCCAUAUGCUAGUUGGAGAACCAUCUAGACGUUGUCUCAAUAAUGGUGUUUGGUCAGGCAGCGCACCGUCCUGCAGAUAUGUGAAUUGUGGUGCCCUACCUGAUAUAGAAAAUGGCUUCGUGACUUUAAAAGAAAGCCGAACAACAUUCGGUGCACAGGCAGUAUAUACUUGCAGGGACAACUACACAUUGGUAGGCAACAAAAUGAGAGAGUGUGACGAGAAUGAAAUAUGGUCAGAGUCAACACCAAAGUGUCUGUACACUUGGUGCGACGAUCCACCUAAAAUUGAAGGUGGAGUGGUUAAGGUUCUGGGAAAGAAAGCUGGAGAUGUAGUCGUUUAUUCUUGUGAACCUGGAUUCCUGUUAGUGGGAAAGUCUACCCUCAGCUGUGAGUUUGGAGGAAAAUGGAUUGGUAAAACACCUUCCUGUAGAUAUAUCGAUUGUGGCCCUCCUCCAAGAAUCCAGAGAGGAUCAUACCAACUACUGAACGAAACUACUUUUUUGGACAGUUUGAUCGAGUACACCUGCGAUGCCGACUACUGGAUUGACGGAGAGAAAUUCCAGCGAUGUACAAGUGAGGGUAAAUGGUCAUCAGACACACCUUCAUGUGAAUUGAUAACAUGUGCAGAACCUGAUGUGCCUCCAGGAAGCUUUGUAGUGGGGUAUGACUUCAAUGUGAAUUCAGCUAUCGAGUACCAUUGUGAACCUGGACAUGUUCUGAAAGGAAAACCUACACUCACUUGUUUGAGAUCAGGGGAAUGGUCUGGGGCAAUUCCGAUAUGUGAAUUUAUCGAUUGUGGCCAAGUACCUCCACUGAUUCACGGAGAAGUUAUACAUACGAACAAAUCAACGUACCUUUUUAGCGAAAUCACUUACAAAUGUUCCAAAGGGUACCGACUAAUUGGGCCAUCGAAACGAAUAUGCACGGAAAGUAAGCAGUGGAGUGAGUCAAUGCCAAAAUGUGAAGAAAUACGUUGUCCUGAGCCCAUAUUGGCUGAUCAUAGUAUACUAUCAGUUACCAAUAACGAUAGGAUGUACGGAAGAACCUUGAUCAAGACGUCAGAAUCAAACAGCGCUUCCGUUGCAACUUACAAAGUGUCAGCUUUGGUGAAGUACAGAUGUGAAAGAGGAUACAAAAUUGUCGGUGAAUCUUUAAGUACGUGUGAAGAGACAGGACAGUGGAGUGGGCAGGUUCCAGAGUGUACAUAUGUGGAUUGUGGGGAACCAGAAGCAGUGAAUCAUGGAAAAGUGAUUUUAACUUCAAACGCAACUUAUUAUGGAGCAAUUGCCCUCUACUCGUGUGACACGAAUUUUGAAUUGGAUGGAGUAUCAAGGAGAAUUUGUUUAGAAAACGCCACAUGGAGUCUUCAGCCGCCUAUUUGUAGAGAAAUACAAUGCAAAAUGCCAGAAGUCCAUAACGGAGCACUAUUUACAGUCGAUACCUACAGUGCAGGAGGAACUAUGCAAUACAGUUGUCCAAGAGGUCAUAAUAUGCAAGGCAAUGCUACCAGACACUGUCUAUCCACCGGUAAAUGGAGUGGUAGAGCACCGCUAUGUGUUCCUGUUGAAUGUGUCGAACCUAAGAAACUAGAUAAUGGACAUGUGAUAGUAACGAAUGGAACUAUUUAUAACAGUGCGAUCGAAUACCACUGUAUACCUGGGUUCAAAAGAGCAGGACCAUAUCUCAGAAAAUGUUUGGAAACCGGAAAUUGGUCUGGAGAAGAACCAAGAUGUGAAGUUGCCAUUGAGGAACCACAAGAGAGCUCAAAUUUGGGUCAGAACAUGGGUAUAGGAGCAAGCGUUGUUGUGAUACUUUUAAUAUUAUUAGGAUUAAUUUAUUUGAAACUGAAAACUCCAGUUCCUGUGAAAAACACCGACAACAUACAGAGUGCCGAGAUGAAAGACGACAGGAGCGCUUCGGUGGUGAGUUACUCAACCUUCAGCGACAGGAAUGGUUACAGAAUGCCAUCGUCGAUCUACUCGAAUGUAGACGAAGAAAAUAUGUAUAAUUCCCCAUAUGAAGAAACCGGAGGAGAGAGCGAAACUUAUGAACCUGAACCUGUUGGCAAUGCCAUCACCAUCAAUGGUGUUUCCGUGCGAUGAAUUCAACCAAAAAAUUGUAAUUAUUUUGUGUACAUUGUAUGUAUUGUAAAAUAAAUCUAUUUUAGGUAUA